CGCGUACUCCGUACUCUUAACUACUCUGAAUGGCCACUAGGGGGGGAGUUUUAGUUUAGCUCACAGAUAUUUUUUAAGCGCGGGAUUCUGUCUGGUCCUUUCAUUAUGCCAACCCAGAAAAUGGCAUCAUUCUGUAACUAGCUCCGAGCUAGCUAACUAACUAACCAACCCGCCACCGAACGAGAACGAUAAGCUCACUCAAAGCAAGCAUGCCCGCUGAGCUGCGGUGGGUGGUGAGAAAGCUCGACAUGGAGUUGUUGUUGACGUCGUCUUCCAAUCUCCUACUCCCCCUUCCUCUGCUGCCAGCAGAGCUCCUUAAAAAGGGAGGCUGGAAAGAAGAGUUCUAUUUAUUCUCUCUCCUCUUCCUAUAUUCAUAUUUCUUCAGUCAUUUGUUUUCUGUCUGAAGCUGCCUAGGGUUCAUUCGAACCUGGUUCUUUGCGGGCACUCAUGGCAUCUUCAGCUGGAAACAUGACGGUGAUGGCCUCCCCAACACCUACGACCAGAGCAACCCCUCAGGGAGGAAUUUUUGAUCAUUCUAAUCCGUCGAAAUAUGAUCCCAAGAACCCCAUUACCCUCUUCAUUAUUCAAGCCGGCCUUAUCAUUCUCAUAUGCCGUGCCCUUCACUACCCUCUGUCAAACAUUCGCCAGCCCCGAGUCAUAUCUGAGGUCGUUGGCGGCAUCAUAUUAGGCCCAUCUGUCAUGGGUAGAAUACCUGGAUUCCGCGAUGCCAUUUUCCCCGAAGAAUCAAUUCCAAACCUCAAUCUGGUUGCCAACCUCGGCCUGGUGCUCUAUCUGUUUAUGAUCGGAGUCGAAACCAAUAUGCGCUCUAUGUUGAGCAAUUGGAGGGUUGCUGUAAGCGUGUCUGCCGCUGGUAUGAUCCUACCAUUCGGACUCGGUUGUGCAAUUGCCUAUGGUUUGUACAACGAAUUCAGAGGAGACCCGGCUCUGGCUCCAAUUAAUUUUGGAACCUACAUGCUUUUCAUAGGUAUCGCGAUGGCUAUUACUGCUUUUCCUGUCCUUUGUCGUAUUUUGACGGAGCUUGAACUCCUAAACACGACAGUAGGCGAGAUCGUGCUUUCUGCCGGAGUCGGCAAUGACGUUGUUGGCUGGAUCCUUCUUGCUCUCUGCGUUGCCCUCGUCAACGCAAGCACUGGAUUGACUGCCUUAUGGGUCUUGCUGACCUGUGUUGCAUUCGUCCUAUUCUUGACUUUCGCUGUGCGGCCUGUGUUCAUCUGGUACCUGAAACGCACUGGCAGUUUACAUAAUGGCCCUGAUCAGUCUGUCGUCGCGUUGACUUUACUUCUCGCCCUGGGUGCUGCAUUCUUUACUCAAGUUAUAGGUGUGCACGCAAUUUUUGGUGGGUUCUUAGUUGGACUCAUCUGUCCUCAUGAAGGAGGGUUCGCCAUCAAAACCACAGAAAAGAUCGAGGAUUUGAUAGGAGCCGUUUUCCUCCCGCUAUACUUCGCGCUUUCAGGGCUGAACACAAAUAUUGGUCUACUUGACACGGCAAUGACAUGGGGUUACGUGAUCGCCGUUAUAGUCAUCGCGUUUGCAGCAAAAGUUGCUGGAGGGAUGUUUGCAUCUCGACUGAAUGGGCUGGUUUGGAGGGAAAGUGCUGCCAUCGGUGUGCUAAUGAGCUGUAAGGGGUUGGUUGAACUUAUUGUCCUGAAUAUCGGUCUCCAAGCCAGGAUUCUCAGCGGCAGAACUUUUACGAUUUUUGUUGUCAUGGCACUUGCUACUACAUUUGCUACGACACCACUUACUCUCUACCUUUAUCCGGAAUCGUAUCGGGAUAGAAUGGAGAGGUGGAGGCGUGGAGAAGUCGAUUGGGACGGAAAUGAAAUCUCAUCGGAAAGUGAUCCAUCCAACAGUUCAGAUAUCGCGCAACGGAAAGCACGAGGUUCAUCAACACAGAAGUUCCUCGUUUAUUUGCGACUCGACAACUUGGCAGGGCUUUUUACCUUUGUCUCUCUCUUGGGUCUCGGGGAUGGUUCAAAAACUCCUAGUAGUAAGGUCCACCAUCGCCAUGAAGACAAGAAAAUCGAUUUGUUCUCCAAGAAAGAACGCCCUGUGGAAGUUCAUGGCCUUCGUUUAAUUGAACUUACCGACCGUGAUUCUAGCGUAAUGAAGGUAUCAGAAGCCCGUGAUUAUAGCUUCAGCGACCCAAUUUUGAAUACAUUUAGAACCUUUAGCCAGCUGAACACACUUACUGUGUCCGGUGCUGUCGUCAUUUCUCCUGAGCACGCGUAUGCCGAGACGAUUGUCAACAAGGCCCGUGAUCUCUCAUCGGACUUUAUUCUACUCCCUUGGAGCGAAACCGGAGGCAUGAGCGAGCACCAGAUUCUCCUUUUCGACGAUAAAACAGAGAAAUUCUCGACUGGCCCUCACACUGCAUUUGUGUCUAAUAUUCUAAAGAAUGCUAAAUGCCCUGUCGGAGUUUUCGUUAACAAAGGCUUCGGCGGACCACAGUUAACCAGGCCACAGCCAGGACAUUUGAGCCGUUCCGUCAGCGGCACUAGUGUCUACAAAUCGGCUGAUAUUACAUUGUCUCCAGCACUGAACCAAGGACACCAUAUCUUCUUUCCUUACUUUGGAGGUGCUGAUGAUAAAGUGGCCCUCCGCCUCGUCCUCCAGCUCGCCAAAAACACGACCGUAACUGCCACAAUUAUGCAUGUUGAUACGACUGACGAGGUUAGCCCCGCAUCUUCUACCCAAGAAGAUGCCAAUGUGCCACCAACGCCAAGCUCUCAGGAUAAGGAUGCCGACAAUUCCUUCUUUAACGCUCUCCGUGACUCUGUACCUGAAGCACUCAGUUCCCGUGUAAUUUUCCAAAAUCUCAAAACAACACCAACAACUAUUGUCACCGCCGUCUUAGAUGCCGCACAAGCCGAUGUUGGAAAAUCGAAGGAAAAUACCGGCGACCUUGUCAUCGUUGGACGUACCAACGUGGCUACUAGCACGCUCACAUCCGCAGGACUGUCCUCCUCAGGGGAGAUGGGCUCGGAAGCAAAGCGGGCGCUUGGUGUGCUUGGGGAAGCCUUGGCCGCUACUUCGAAUGCGGUUCAAGCGAGUGUGCUUGUGGUGCAGGCUGGUCCGAACGUAUAAGUAAAUGUAUGCCUUGUCGUUUCUGAUGGUGGUCUUAUAUGCACGGAGCCUACAUCUUGAUAUGCUUAUGACCUUUCUUUGGGUUACUCGGAUUUCAUGGACGUGUUAUGCCGUACAUUUUGAAGCGAUUUGUGUUGAAUUCUUUUUGGGUCAUUAUUAAUGUGAUAUACGGUGAUGGUGGAUUUUUCCUGCGAUAUUUUGGCUGGAUAUGAAUUUGAGUUUCUGAUAGAGGGAUGUUUUCUAUUUCGCCCGUUCGACAUCUUAAGAGUUUACUAUCAUUCCAUGCACUAGCCUUGUUCUCAUGCUGGACGUACGUUACCAGCUCAACAGCCCCUGCUACCUUCAUGACAACCGGAUAUAUGUAUCGCCAGAAAAGGAAAUCCCAAAGACGAUGUACUGGACAUAGUAUCAAAACAAUUUAGCUCCUUUUUCAUCACCUCGCCCGUCAACAUCCUAGGUGGUUUUGAGCAGUGGCAUGCCAUUAAUCUAUGAAUUCCGUCUCCUAGAUCCUUUCUACAUAACAAUGACUAGUUUUCUAACCCAAGCGUUUUUUCGGGGGGCUAGAACAACACCCCUUAACCCCUCAAAGUUAUGGCGGAUAUUUGGCUUUGAGAGGGAGGCAACAACGUGGUAUACUCACGAACGAACAUCUUACCGGCGAGGAUUUGGAGGAUCUCUACAGAUGUAUGGAUGUCCAUGUACAUGUACGUAUAUCAGCAAGCGCGCUCAUCGGAAUUUUAGAGCGUAUUUGACGCAUGAUUGAAAUGUGCUUCUUUCUUCUAUUUUUCAUAUCUGGGGAAACACCAAAGCCUCCGAACAACUAGUUAACUAGUGUUUAGCGCAAUAUUUCUGAUUGAGCGAGAUUUCCCAGAUAAAGUGACAUUGGUUUCUUUCUUUCUAGGGCGCGGUUGCAUGGAAUAUAUUGGUUGCCUUGUGUAUAUUAUACAUAUCAUCAUCCAACUGCCAAAUCCACAAAAAACCAAAUCACUAGUGUGACCGAAAAAAAAAAAAAAAAAAAAAAAAAAAAGGACCGCAAUUUACAACUGAUAUCUAUACGAGGGACUCAAAUCACCUAGAUGAGGGUCGAUAGCUGCUUGAUCGGGAACCCCUGCAGUAUCAACUGCAGCCAGCUUGUCGCGGCUACGGUUACGGUGUAGCAGGAGGAAGAAAUAAGCGAUACAGCUGACAGAGGAGAGACAGAUGAAUGAUACACUGAUUGUGUGCCCAUUUCUGAACUCGGGCCUAUCCUUCUCGAGGAACGCGAAGGUUGCGAUGAUUCCACCGACUGUUAUUUCAGGGUUAUUAGUAUUCUUGUCCUACCCAAAAAAAAAAAAAAAGAAAAGAAAAGAAAGAAAAAAGAAAGAAAGAAAAGAAAAGAAAAGAAAAGAGAGAGAAGUGAAGAAAAAUUCAAAGUGCACGCUGUGAAGCGCUUAACGCAUAUAACAGGCAGGGGAAGAAGAAGAAGAAGGUUGCCAACUCACUAUUUCCAAAUCCAAUCUGCCAUGCGAUGCCGAUAGACCUGCGCUUAUGACCGCCAAGGUUCAUAGCGUACCAGCAAAUGAUGAUUGGCAUGGCGCUGAAUACGCCACAAGUAACCAAGAACAGGGCACCAUAUUGGACCGAGCGAUUUUCUUUGCCGUGCACAUUAAGGAGAAUGGCGAAGCCCGCAAUCGCGAUGCAAGUUGGGAUGACGGUGAAGACGAAGCGGUUGCGCAGACGGUCAGAUAGGUAUGCGACAGCGAGGGAGAAGCAGAAGGCGGCGGCCCAGGGAGGGAUAGAGUAGAGUUGGGUUUGAAUGGCUGUGAGGGGAGAUGUUAGAGGGCAUGUAUUGAACGAAGAUUUUGGUCGAUCCUUCGUGUGAGGGCAACUGGUGGAGUUACUUACGGGAAUAGCCGUACGUCUUUAUAAUGGUCGGAGCGAAGUAGGCGUAUCCUAUAUGCAAGAGAUUGGUUAGGGUAACUAUGUAGAAGGAUUGAGUAGGGGGUGGAGAAGAGAGCGUUAUUUACCAUAUGCAGGGACAAUCAGGCCAAAGUACAUAAACCCGCCAACGAAAAUCUUAACUAUGGGUGCAUUAGUCUAAGGUUUUGUCAGGAGGUUUCCCUUCUCUGGUCCGAUGAAUACUUACGGUCUUUGAAGACAUCAAGAACGUCCUUCACACCCACCGACAUCUCGUGUCCUGCAGCGCCAACAUCCUUGGCAAGUUUAGCCCGAAUGAAAGACCGUUCUUCUUCAUUCAGCCAUUUCACGUCUUCGGGGAAGUCAGGGAUCACGAAGAAAAACGCAAAGGAGACGAGGCAUGUCAACAGCCCUUCCAAGAUGAAAAUCCAUCGCCAUCCAAGAUAACCGCGCGUACCGUGCAUCUUUCCGAUGGCGCUUGCGAGCAUGCCUCCAAAGGCACCGGCGAGAGUAGUGGAACUGAAGAAGAAGCUGAACCGUUUCUGUGCUUCAGUGCGCUGAUACCACAUUCCAAGGAGGUAGAAGCCUGUUGAUAUAUUAGUAUCGUGAUGCUCUAUGAGGGUCUCCGGAAACGAAAGUGGGUGGCCAUCUUCAACUGGAACUCAAAUGACAUACAUCCUGGAAACAUGCCAGUUUCGAAGACACCAAGUAGGAAGCGCGUUACUAGGAGGGCUGCAUAGUUCUGUACCAAGCCCUGGCAAAGAGUGGUGAGUCCGAAGCCAAACAUGCAUCCCGAAACUAUAAUGUAGGGAAUUAGUCAAUUAUGAGACUCAUCCUUUCAGAUGUGUAUGAAAUUUUGAUCGUGCAUAGGAACUUACGCCAUAGCGAAUGUAGUAUUUGAUCCAUACCUCAAGUAGAAUGUAGGCCGCCGUUAGCUUGCUCUCCUCCCCCCCAAUGAUAGAACGUUUAUACGCCAUCAUCCAAGAUUUGUAGCUCGCCUGUUGGGCUUACCGGUCCAAGAAUGCAAGCAGA